AUGAUAGAAACAUAUGAGCGAUGUAGUUUUGAGAACGGAAUUUGUAGUUGGACUCAGCUAACUAACGAUGAAUAUGACUGGAGGUAUUUCUCUGGUAUUACACGUACCCCAUGGACUGGGCCAGCCAGAGAUCACACCACUGGUCUUCCUGCAGGUUUCUACAUCUAUUUGGAAGCAAGUGACGCCCAACCUGGAGAUAGGGCACGACUUGCAUCUAGAACUCUCACUUCUGUGACGUCAUCAGGUUGUUUCUUGAGAUUCUAUUACCAUAUGUUUGGAGAAGAUAUUGACCAGCUGAACGUGUACACAAGGCAAGUCAUCAACGGCCCUUUGACACGUAUCUGGAACAGAGAAGGAGAGAUUGGGGACUAUUACUUGAGAGCUGACAUUGAGAUUGAUUCUCCUCAGUACCCCGUCCAGAUCAUCAUAGAAGCUACACGAGGGGAUGGUAUAUACGGUGACAUUGCUAUUGAUGAUACAAGCUUUACCCCUGGGUGCGUCUUUAGUGACACGCCCCUGGCAACCGUCUCCACCGUGGCCCCCACCCAACCCCCUACCCUGCCGUACUGCCCUCCCGAUACCUUCCAAUGUAACAAUGGCACUUGCUUGGAUGUCCAGCAGAGGUGCAAUCUCAAUAGCGAUUGCCUGGAGGGUGAAGAUGAGAUGAAUUGCGGUGAUUGCGAUUUUGAGCUUGAUACAUGUGGAUACACCAGCAUCCCGAAUGGAGAAUACCUGUGGACACGAAUCCAAGCGAGUGACUCUAUUACUGGGCGUGGUCCAUCCGUAGACCAUACCAAGAAUAGUGGAGACGGUUAUUACAUGUUUGUUGAUAGUACUUACGGAUUAUUUGGAAUGACUGCACUUCUGAUCAGCCCUGUUGUCCUUGGAGAAGCUGGCUCCAGGUGUGAGUUGGAAUUCUAUUAUCACAUGCUUGGUGGUCAGGUUGGGUCUCUAAGCGUCAUCGUAUAUGACAAUGGUUAUCCUGAUGCAUCAUGGGUAAUUGCAGGUGAUCAAGGGUCAAGCUGGAACCGUGGGUCAUUAAUGGUUGGACCACACGAUGCAGGGCAGUAUUAUGCUCGCUUUGAGGCCUCACCAGGAGUUGGUUUUGAUGAAACAACUGAACCAACAGACAUUGCCCUUGAUGAUAUCAGGUUUAUCAAUUGCGGUAAAUCAGCAGACCUCGAUUGUAACUUUGGAGAGGCAGAAGGAACGCUGUGCGGCUGGAGCCAGAAUGUAGAUACCGAUACAGUUGACUGGACCUUGUUUAAAGGAAGGACCCCAACGGGCUACACUGGGCCACAGUUUGAUCAUACCAAUGGUCUAGGCUAUUAUAUCUAUUUGGAGACAUCUGGUUUAGCAAAUGGUGACUUUGCUCGUUUAGAGUCUGGCAUCCUUAGAUCAACUGAUGAUCAACCGUACUGUCUUUCGUUCUGGUAUCUUAUGUAUGGUUCUACUGUUGGAACAUUCAAGGUUUUCAAGAGAGAUACAGAUACCGAGGAUGAGGUUCUUAUGUGGUAUAAGCGUGGCAAUCAGGCUAGUGUAUGGUUACCAGCCCAGAUGAACAUCAUAACAUCUUCAAAUUAUGAGAUUAUUCUUGAAGCCACACGGUCUUCUCAAUUUUACGGCGAUAUUGCUGUUGAUGAUACCGCCCUCUCCGCCGGCGCAUGUCCAGGAUCACUUGAUUGUGAUUUUGAGGUUGACUUCUGUGACUGGAAGAACGUUGAUGGAGAUGAUUUUGAUUGGAUGCGGGGAACACCGAUCUCAUCGCAGGGAAAGGGUCCUCAAGUUGAUCACACAUUAAACACAAACGCAGGUCAUUACGUGUAUGUGGACACCAAUGCGAAUAGUCUGGGUGACACUGCUAUCUUAUCAAGUCAUGAUUACAUCCACACCGGUCCACGAUGCGUAUCAUUCUAUUACCAUAUGAGUGGGUCUGGUCCAGGAACUCUGUCGGUCUAUAAGCAGGAUGACGGGGAGCUGUUUGUUAGUCCUAGCUGGACUAAGUUUGGGGACCAAGGGGAUAGAUGGGUCCAUGCACGGGUAGAGAUUGUGCCAACACCUGAUAAGAGCUAUAAGAUCUACAUCGAGGCUACAUCAUCAGGUCCUUCCUCCGACAGCGAUCUCGCAAUCGAUGAUAUCAACAUUGACGACCACAUUUGCCUUCCCGAAGGCUCAUGUACAUUCGAGUAUGAUAUGUGUGGCUUCGUCAAUGACUAUGUGAAUGAUGACGGACUUGACUGGUUUAGAGCUAGCCGUACAGGAUCAGGCGACACUGGACCUACUGUUGACCAUACACUACAGACAGGAUACGGUCACUUUGUGUUCAUCGAGGCUUCAUUCAUUGCCCCUGGAACCAGAGGUUGGCUGCUCAGUGAAUACUUUCAACCAACCGCAGGUCGAUGCAUGGAAUUCUGGUACCACAUGUAUGGCAACACAACUGGUGACUUGAAUGUGUAUUAUACCACUGCUACAACCUCUCCUAAAUUGCUGUUCAGUCAAAGUGGCAAUAAGGGUAAUGUUUGGCUGCAGGCAAAGGUAGAUGUCGACUCAACAGAGAAAUUCUGGGUCACCUUUGAAGCCGUGGUUGGGUCCGACUAUCUCAGUGACAUAGCUCUUGAUGAUAUGUUCUUCCAUCCUUCUAUAUGUGCUAUCACUAUUGGCCCACCGCUACUUCCACCCACAUAUCCACCCGAUUCUCAUGACUGCGACUUUGAAUCUGAUUUGUGCACCUGGAAUCAGGAUGUUGAUAAUGAUUUUGACUGGAUCAGGGCUUCAGGAGUGACAGACAGUGCAGGAACAGGACCUUCUUCAGAUCAUACUAUAGGAGACCAAACAGGUUAUUACAUUUACAUCGAAACCUCCAAUGGAAGUCCCGGUGAUGUUGCCCGGCUUAACUCUCAGUUCUUGAAAAACAUCGACGAUACCGGAUACUGCAUGGAAUUCUGGUUCCAAAUGUACGGCCAGCACCUGGGCGCCCUCAUCGUCUAUGAGAAGAUAGGUGACACAGAGAUCCCUGUAUGGACAGAAACGAAUCCAAGAGGACCACAAUGGAACCAGGUCCAUCUUCACUUUACAGAUUCAGGAUCGUACACGGUUAUCUUUGAAGGCCAAAAGGGUUCGGAUGCCUUGGGUGACAUUGCCUUGGAUGAUAUAUCAUUUCAUCCGGGUACCUGUCCGACACCAAGUAUGUGUGAUUUUGAGAACGGAGCAUGUUACCUGAGUCAAACCGAGCCAGAUCAAUUUGAUUGGCAGGUCAUUCAAGCCAAUUCAGAAGCAACAGCACCUACCACAGACAAUACCUACAGAACUGAGUAUGGUCAUGUAUUCUAUGCAGACAUGACUGACUUGUCAUCAAAUGACGAUCUAGCUAUUGUGGAAACUGGUCCCCUACCUCCAACAUCUACUUUGGGCAACUGUUUCCAGUUCUGGUAUUCAAUGUUCAACUCCCAAAUUUGCCAACUUCAGGUGUAUAAGAUUCAUGCUAUGAGCGGAGAAGCAUCAUUAGAAUGGGAGAUGGAUGGCAUAACCCACGAGGAUGAAUGGCAUGUCAUGGAAAUAAAUCUCAAUAACACUGAUGAUCUCUUCAAGAUCCAAUUCCGAGCCUCGAGUAAAGACUACACACAGAAUGCUGCCAUAUCUCUGGACGAUCUUACCAUCUCGUCCGCCCCGUGUUCCCCAUUCGGUGACUGUAACUUUGAGACCGGUCUUUGCACGUGGAAGAAUGAAGAAAAGACUGAUGAUUUUGAUUGGCAGCGGAUCCAGGGUAGGACGCCCUCUGACGGUACUGGACCAGGCGUUGACCAUACCUUCGGGACGCCUUAUGGGACGUAUAUAUACACAGAAGCCUCGGGGCAGACACAGGGACAGGCGGCCACCUUGAAGUCAGGUGACUUCCUGGCCUCACAGAAACUAUGCAUGGAGUUUUAUUACCAUAUGAAUGGGGAAGGUGUAGGCAAUCUCAAUAUCCAAACUCAAGCAGAUACAGCAACUAAGGUCACGACAUUGGAGACACUGAAAGGCAACAGGGGCGAUGUGUGGAGACAUGAUACGAUAAUAUUAAAUCCAAUCAAGGAUGCUUAUUCGUACCAGGUGAUGUUCCAAGCUACGGUAGGCUCAUCUCAAACCAGUGAUAUAUCACUCGAUGAUAUUGCUUUCUAUGAUGAGGAAUGUCCAGCCGAUCCAACUGACUGUGAUUUCUUCUGUGAUGACCCGGCUCAGACCUGUAUACCUUAUACACAAUUCUGUGACUUCACUUAUCAUUGCCCAAAUAAUUUAGACGAACUAGACUGCGGAUCAGCAUGUACAUUUGAACAGGACACCUGUCGCUGGUGGAACGCUGGAUCAAGUGGUUAUAAAUGGAUUAGACACCAAGGAGCUACACCAGAUUCUAACACCGGACCUGCAUAUGAUCAUACUACACUAAGUGCUGCUGGCUGGUAUAUGUACGUGGGCACCGCGCCCAGCUCCGGUGCUGCCUAUGCUGUAUUCUCCUCUCGAAUGCACAACAACGCUGCAGCAACGUGUGAGAUUCAGUUCUGGUUCCAUAUGUACGGUGAAGACAUUGGUGUACUGCAGCUAUGGAUUCAAGAAGAGGUAUACCUAAUGCUACCAUGGUUUAAGGAAGGAGAUCAAGGAGACUAUUGGCAUGAAGGAAUCGCAGGGAUCGGCAGGAUUCCUGGUGGAUUCAAUGUCAAGUUCCAGUCAAUUCGAACUUUUGAAGUUCUUGGUGACGUGGCAAUUGAUGACAUCAGAAUGGAAUCAUGUGCUCUGCCAGUACCUCAAAUUGAGGAUUGUCAAGCCGAUGAGUUUCGAUGUGAUCGUGGCGCCUGCAUCACAAAAAGACGACUCUGUGAUUUUACUGAUGAUUGUGGAGACUGGUCUGAUGAAGCUUCAGAUAUUUGCAAGGAUUACAAUAAUUGUGACUUUGAGGAUGAUACGUGUGACUGGAGUCAGGAUAAUACAGAUGAAAUAGACUACAUGAGAAUCAAAGGUCCCUCAGAUACUAACUUUAGGACAGGACCCUACAGAGACCACACAACACAGACUAUAGGUCAUUACAUGGUUAUGGAUGCCAGCACAAAUGGUUAUACAGAAGGUGAUAGAGCAAGAAUGGUCAGUCUUGUUCAUCAAUCAAUUGGAGACUGCAGGUUCCGAUUGUGGUACCAUAUGUUUGGAUCUAACAUGGGCACACUGAAUAUAUUCAUGAAGACAUCAAUAGGAGGCUACAUGACCACUCUCUUCACCAAGACUGGCCAUUCAAAUGACUAUUGGGAACUCGCAGAUGUAGACCUAACUGCUUCCGGGUCAACCAACUUCCAGGUCGUAAUAGAGGCCAUACGAGGGGACGGGCCAUAUGGCGAUAUUGGCAUCGAUGAUACGUCCUUUACACCUGAGUGUGUGAAGUCAUCUGGAGGACUCCCUUCAGGUACCACUACCCCAGCAGUGACCACCAUUGGUCCUUGUGGGGCUGGUAAAUGGCAGUGCUCUGAUCUGACAUGUAUCGAUGGUGACAGAUACUGUGAUUAUCAACAAGACUGUCCAGAUAACUCCGAUGAAACUAUGUGUGGACCAUGUGAUUUUGAUUCUAGUCUUUGUGGAUGGAGUGAUGAAAGCUUUGGAACGUAUGCAUGGGGGCAAGAAGCUGGUGGUAAAGGAACCAUACCAGGGCUUAGUACACAGGCUGACAGUGGAUAUUAUAUGAGAGUGCUACCUGGUAAUGCUCAGUUCAAGGAAUUUGCCCGAUUCGUGAGCCCAACCCUUCCAGAUACAUCUAUCAACUGUCGCUUUGACUACUGGUACUAUUUCAAGCCUUCUGACGCCAGUGUUGAGUUCAACUUAGAGAUGAAGAAAUCGGAUCAACCUGGGUAUAUUGUUUAUCACAAUGAUCAGACCGAGCAGUGGCUAAAUGUACAUGUUUAUUACGGUCGCAUCGAAACUACUUAUCAGCUUAUCUUUGCCGCCUUCGCGCAAGCAGAUGAGGACAUCAUAGUUGUGGAUGAGAUCUCCUUUACUGACUGUAAGGUAGAUUCCUAUGUCCCUUGCGAGAUUGAAUGUGAUAAUAAGCUGUGUGUACCAUACUCAGUUGAGUGUGAUUAUGCAAAUGACUGUGGUGAUCAAACGGAUGAGAAUACAUGUAGUGAAUACAGAAUGUGUAACUUUGAAUCAGGCACUGCAUGUGAUUGGAGCCAAGAUUCUGAAGAUGACUUGGAUUGGGUGUGGCUUGACGGUUUCCAAGGGGAUGCAGUGGGUGGCCCUAUAGAUGACCACACCUACUUAAAUCCAACAGGUCAUUAUUUCUUCCUGGAUUCUGGGGAAAAUGACGUCAAUAAGAAGGCUCUAUUGGAUGGUGUGGUAUACUCUAAACCUCAAAAUACAGGAGACUGUCAGCUUCGUUUCUGGGCAUUCAUGAACGGAGCCAAUGUAAACCGCCUGAGUGUUCUAACCCAAGUAGCGACCCAUGAUGACCCAGUAAGGUCUUGGACCAAGACUACAGCUACGGGUGAACAGUGGAUCAAGUACAUUGUUCCAAUGGACACUGGAUACAAAUUCAAGGUAUACUUCGAAGGGAUCGCUGGUGGUCUUGAUGACGCCAUAGCGCUUGAUGACAUCACAAUGACUCCUGGAUGUAUCAAAGAUCCUGAUCAAACAUUGCCUGAAUCCGUCACUCCUACAGAUGCUCCACAUUGUGAUGCUGGUGAAAGGGCAUGUAGGGAUGGUACUUGCAUCGCUUCAGAGAAGUUCUGCAACUUUAUCUAUGAUUGUGAUGACGUCUCUGAUGAACUUGAUUGCCCAUCUGUUUGUGACUUCGAGAAUGAUCUGUGUAUGUGGACCCAGGGAGUGAAUGAUAACUUUGAUUGGUCAAGAUUCAACAACUCAGAGGAAUCAAGCUUUGCUGGACCAAUCUCUGACCAUUCACGUGGCAGUCCAAUGGGUAUCUACUACUUUGUUGAUGGCCUGACAAGCACAAUGAAUCAUCAUGCAACCUUGAUCAGUCCAAAGUUUGGUCAGACAGGAACCAACUGCAUAGCCUCUGUGUGGUACUACAUAUACGGUGCUUCAUAUGGUAUCCUGGAGAUCAAACGAAGAUUAGCUGGCGAGGAUAGAACAUUGAUGGUCAUUAACGAGGGUAAUAUGGUCAGUGAGCAGUGGACACAGGCCACAAUAGCUCUUCCGCCAUGCCUUGCAAGCUUCAAUCUCGUCUUAGAUGCUGGUAACCAACAGACCACCCCUGCCCCAGGAGGCUUUGCUAUCGAUGAUAUCCGUCUUGAUAACUGUGCCUUUGACGUUUCACCAUCAUUAAUACCGUGCCAGUCUAAUUACUACCAGUGUUCUGUUGAACACUGCUAUCCAAGAGAUAGUACGUGUGACCUGACCCGAGACUGCUGUACAGACAGUGGCAUGGGAAACGAUGAAACCGGCUGUACUUCUUACAAGCAAUGUGACUUUGAGGAUGGUCUGUGUGAUUUCUGGAGUCUGAUGCCAGACAAUGAUUUUGAUUGGUCAAGGGUGCAAGGACAGGAUAUGACGCAAUUGACCUUUGACCACACCUUAGAUUCAGGCGAUGGAUCUUUCCUGUAUAUGGACCCAACCAACCAAGCAAGUAGUGGUGAUAUAUCACAGCUCGGAAGCUUUAUUAUACAGCCAGCUAAUAACAACUGUAAGGUCAUCUUAGAAGGGGUGAAAGGUGAAGGGUCAUCAGGAGUGUUGGCCAUUGAUGAUACGACCUUUGCUCCUGACUGCAGAGCAUCAUCAGGCAAUCUGCCCAGUAGUACAACUGCACAACCAACUACACCUGUUCCCCCUACAACUAAACGAAGAACAGAAGCACCAACGACCACAUCAGGGCAAAUAGAAAUAACAACAGAAAAGCCAGAGGCUUCCGAGGAACCACCAGAAGACAACACUGCAUUAAUCAUCGGUCUGUCUGUGACCUUUGGACUACUGUUCCUCAUUAUAGUGAUAAUAUUACUUCUCUACUGGCGCCAAGGAAGAAGAGGGAAAGAGGACCUAGCAAACCUACACACUGGUAUGGAAACAACUGGAUAUGAUAAAGAUUUUGGGAACGUGAAUUUUGCAUUACAAGAGGUUGAUUCAAGCAUGUUUGGGGAGUUUCCAGAUGACUCAAUGCCUUCCGGUGCAGGAAUUAAUAACCCAAUGUAUUCAUCGCCUUCAACCUUACCAAUGGACGAACACACUGAGGCCUGA